UAGAGUAAUUAAUCAAUUAUCGGACUAAUCAAACUUCGGACAGUUAUAUUUUGAAAACUAAACAUGAUUUUCCAGUGAUUUUUGCACUAGAUAUAGAUCAUUACAAUAUCUGUUUGCAUGGUAAAAAUCAAAGCAUUACCUCCUUUUUUUGUAAAGAUAUAAUUUGCUAAACACACUUCGUAGAUUCACACAAUAAUCGGCCGUGUUAACUCCAUUUUCGUCACUUAGCCACAACGAAGCAAGCUUUGUUCGAAGAAUAGUUUUGUACCACCAGAACUUUAGUACUGACUGUCUUCUUCAAAUACCACUUUGAUUAUCAUUAUCGGUCACACCCAUCUUCAUUAAUUGCUGCAACAAAGCACGAGGCUCCUUGUUUGUAUUUUUGUUUGGACUCAUUGAAUCUCUCAGCUGCCUUUUCUCAUCAUAAAUACUACCUCUAUUGAAUAUGGCGACACGCCCAUGUACAUACUCUACAUGGCCUGAAAUAAGCAUGACGAAUGCUAUCAAAGCAGUUGAAGAAGAGGGGUUGACAGUUAGACUUGCAGCGGAGCUAUAUGGCAUUCCCAAAUCAACACUUUAUGACAGGAUCAGGGGAAAUGUUCAACAUGGAACUAAACCUGGCCCAGUGCCGUAUCUUACAAAAGAAGAAGAGGUUAUUUUGGCUAAGUUUUUAAUCAAAUGUUCUCAGAUUGGAUUUCCCCGCACAGUUUCAGAAGUUCUUGCACUAGUAAAACAAACAAUUCAGUCAAAGGGUUUAAGUGACGUCUCAAUUUCUUAUGGAUGGUGGCAGAAAUUUUGUAGCAGGCACAGUGAAUUAUCACUUCGUACUGCUGUGCCUUUAAGUCUUUCGAGAGCCAUGGCCACUGAUAAUAGUGUCAUACAAAAGUAUUUUGAUAUACUUGAAGACACACUUAAAGAAAAUUCUCUAUUCAACAAUCCAACUCGCAUAUUCAACUGUGAUGAAACAGGACUCCCAUUGAAUCCUAAAUCUUUGAAAGUUGUGAGUGGUCGUGGAGCUAAGAAUGUCAGUCAAAUCACUGGAGAAGGGAAGUCUCAAAUCACAGUUCUGGCAUGCACUUGUGCAGCUGGAGUACCGUUGCCUCCAUUUGUAAUAUUUGAUCGUAAGACCUUUAAUGAUCAGCUAAUGGUAGGAGAAAUACCAGGUACACUUUACGGCUCAUCUCCAAAUGGAUGGAUCAGUUAG